AUGGAUUAAGCGAAUCAGGGGAUUCAAAUUAUCUAAGAGAGGGACCAAUCUAGCCGAAAGCCCUCAUUAGAACUCCCAGAUCCUCAUUAUUUUAAAGGAGACCAAGAACCACUACCUUAGAAAAUUGUGAGAAGGCCAAUCACUUUUAAGAGUACUAUUAGGAAAGCUAUAAAAAGCUUUUUCUAUGGAGCUGUUGCCAAACUAAUUUACGUCAUAAUCUAGAAAAAAUUAAAUCUAAUCUCAGUACUAAAAAAUUUCAAGCCUAUUUUGAGGUUUGGACUUAUGGUCUUCUCUCUCUCCUUCCUCUAUAAAAUUACUAGACUAGUCAUAAAAAAGGCUGGUAUAAAAAUAAGCAGAGACCUAGAAGUCUUUAUUUCAGCCAGUAUAAGUUCACUUUCCUUGUUUUUAGCCGAUAGCAAGGAUAUGAAUUUACUCAAAGUGAUGAUCUUUCCCAGAGCCAUAGAAGCACUCUAUGCCCUACUUAAGGAAAGAGGAAUCAUCAAACCUAUUAAGAAUGGAGAGUACAUGCUACUCACAUCCCUUUGUAUUAUAGUGACCUAUUUCUAUAUUCACGAACUGUCAGUUCUUUAACCCUCAAUGAUGAAAGCAAUUGAUAGUUAUAUGAAUUUAGGAAAAACUGAAUAAUUUCUCAGGCAUUAGUAUCAAAUUUAGAGAUAUAAUGCAAUUAAGGAGAAGUAUGCUAACAAUAGAUUAUUAUGA